AUGAGAGAUGGCCAGUCAGGGAAGCUGACAGUGGAUGACUAUGGCGCAAAAACAGGCAGGUCACCUGGAAAGAUGAGACAACUCAAUAUCAAUGGACCCCUAUACGUUGGCGGCAUGAAAGAGAUAGCUCUUCACACAAACAGACAGUACAUCGGAGGCUUAUUGGGCUGUGUGUCCCACUUUACACUCUCCACUGAUUACCACUUAGCGCUGGUGGAGGAUGCUGCUGACGGCAAGAACAUCAACACCUGCUCCAACUAGACAAUGGCUCCAAUACCUGAAGGUCCAUUUUCAGCACCAUUUUCAACUGGAGUGAACACCUCGGCCAGCUGAUUUGCCAUCUUGAAACUGACUAACGAGCACCAACUGAAAAACAACUUAAAACAAUUAAAUUUUAGUCCAACAAUCCAGGGCUGACAUUGUAUAAACUCAACUGACAAAGACUAACAACAUUGUUACUGAGUCAUAAAAACAUUUAAGUGGCUCCUGUGUACAAAGUUAUCAAAUCAACUCCAGCCUGCCAAGUUGUACGUUUUAUUUUAACAUUAACAACUUGAUGAAUUGCUCUGUUUCAACACAUGGCAACAGCAAAAACAACCAGAGGAUAUUACAAAACACAAGUACUCUGGAAAAGGAGAGAGAAAAAGCUUAGCGUUAUGGGUAAUGAGGGUCUUUGAAAAACUUUUCGGACAUUUUUUUCAUGGGACGAUUCCAAUUGUAUCGUUUUUUCUACUGUAAAUCCUUAUUUGAUUGCUGGAAGAACCAAGUGAUCCGAGGGAUCAAGAGUCAUCACAAGGGUUUCAGGAACCUGACCUAGAGCAGCUAGCGGAGAUAAACUUCUUUGUAGAGGAUUUUGGUUUGGGCCCAAGAGGGUUUCUGUUGUUUUUCUUGUGGUGGAAUUUCUAUUCUUGUUUGUGAUGUAUUAUCAGUCUGUAGACUACAUUUCUGACAGCCUGAUUGAUGUCAAUUUUUUCAGAGGUUGCUAGUGUUGAAGAGUGUCAGCUGCACACAAUAUGUGUUUCUUUAUACAUUCUUCUUUUAGUUUACAUGCUCCUUUUUUUUGGAACUCUCAGAUGCUAGUCACAUGAAAGUCUGAUGUUGAUACGGUGAAGCAGACAUAACCCUGGAGAAAUUGUAUGUGACAGUCUUACUAUCAUUUGACAGAAACCACUGUGGACUUCAUCCCUCUAGUCGACCUGCUUUGUAGCUUUUGUUUUCACACCAGAGAAAAUACAUUUUCUCGUAUUUAAGCAUUUGCAGUUGAGUGCAGGUUAAUAAAGCCUAAGCUUUACACAAAUACAAUUCUUUUCCCACGAGAGAGCAACACCUUGGUUUCAAAGUUAGAGCUCAGAACAACUCCAGUAAUACAUUGUCAGAUAUUAAAUGAGUCUGAAUUUG